GGCAAAUCUGCACUCGCACCAAUGUACGCGGCCCUGGACGAGACCCGGCGCCACCGCGCCGCGCUCAAAGAUUAUUUGCUCAGCCCGAGCCAUACCCUCGUGCCCCACGCCAAGCAUGCGACCGUCAUUGGCGCGUGCUUUGUGUGUCUGCGCAAGUUUUACAUUGUGCGCCCGAAACACCGCUGCCCGCUCUGCUGCGAAGUCGUGUGCAGUCGGUGCACGUGGUCCCUCGACGUGCUCGGGCGCGACCACCAUUUGCACCAAGUCGUCGUCUGCGUGAGCUGCUACUUUGACAAGCGCAUCCAAGACCUUGUGACCGAAGGCGACAGCGACGACGACGACGACGAUCCUGGCGCCGCCUACCCCAACGAUCGAGACGAUGACGACGAUACCUCCUCAAACGACGAAGAGUCGUACUCGGAGGACGUGUACCCAUGGACACCGACAAGCGAUCGCCGCAUCUCGAUGGACAACACCACCAAUGCUGCUGCGGGCCAUGCCAAAGUAUCCGAGCUUGAUCCGCUCCCUGAGACGCCGGCGCCAAGUCGCCCCAAGCCGCAACGCGCGUCGCGUCUCCGGCCGCGCCGGUAUGCCUUUGUCAAGCGCGACGAGCUCGUCCCAAAGCGCGAGCUCAUACCCAAGCGCGGUGCAACGCAGUGCGAGCGCUGCCACCGGUCGUUCAAGCUCCUCCACCGCAAGCACCACUGCCACACGGUACCAACCUCUCUCGUGUUGAGGCUUUUCGAUGCGAACUGGAGUAGUGCGGCAAUGUCUAUUGCAGCCACUGUACGACGUAUCAGUUUACGUCGGCUGCGAAAGGCCAUGCACUCUGCCACGUGCGCGUCUGCUGGACGUGCGUUCACAUUAGCAUCGUUCAGAGCACGUUUCGAAGCUGUCGGCGCAAGCAGAUGACGGUGACGGCGCUACUGCACGACCCGUCGUUCCAUCCGGUCCAAACGCGGCAGUACGAAGGCCGCGAUGUGCUCACAAGUGUCCUUCAACUCGAGGCGAGCGGGAUCGUGCCGUAUGAUAGCCUCGUCUCGAGGGACUACCGGUCGCUUGUCAACAAGCACACGACGUGCUUUUCGUGUCGCUCGGCGUUUCUCUUUCUCUUGCGCAAGGAUUAUUGCCGACUGUGCGGCGAAGCGCACUGUUUGUCGUGUCUCAACGCGCUUUUGGCCGCGGGGAAAACACACUCGGACGAGCUCGAGCUCGUCAAAGUGUGCCAAGCGUGCCGACUGCAGCACUGCGAAGACGUCACGCGCCGUUUCUGCGGCAUCGAAGCGUCGCCGUGACCGACAUGUGUAUGUUUGUAUCGACAUCAUUUGUCGAGAACUUGUCGUUUGUCUCUGUGUAUUGUGCUUGGUAUUUGACAUGGUGUCGUGUUGAAACUCAAUCGAAGUUGCUCUUUUAUCGUUGUU